UCUUAAUUAUCACCAUACAACCCCACGAUUCCGUACACUACAAGAACAAACACCUUCCUUUACUCUUCCAUUCUUGACCCACUUCCAUCAUCAUCCCUUUUCUCUAGCAUUUUGUUUUGUUUUUUAUUUUUUUAUUUAAUUUGCUUUCCCUUGUUUUUGGGGUUUUUCUUUUUGUUGUCUUUUUAAUUUAAUGGCUUUGAUUGUGGACCAGCAAUCAGGCUUCAAACACUUUUGUAAAAUUUGCAAGAAAGGAUUUGGAUGUGGUAGAGCGCUAGGAGGGCACAUGAGGGCACAUGGAAUAGGGGAUGAAGGUCACAUCGACGACGACGAUCCACCCAGUGAUUGGGAGGACAAACUCGGCGGCAAUGUUCCAUCUACCAACAAGUGCAUGUAUGCCCUAAGAACAAACCCUAAUCGCCUAAAGAGCUGCCGGGUUUGUGAGAAUUGCGGCAAAGAGUUCUUGUCUUGGAAAUCUUUCCUUGAACAUGGAAAAUGUAGUAGCUCCAUAGAUGCCGAACCCCUCUUGUCCUCCCCGGGCUCCGAUGGGGAGGACGGGGCCAGCGGACGGAGAGGAUGUGGGUGGUCGAAAAGGAAGAGAUCGAUGAGAGCCAAAGUGGGCAAUUUCAAUUCAAACUGCCCAUCAAAUGAGGAAGAAGACCUUGCGAAUUGCUUAAUGAUGUUGUCCAAUGCCACGGUUGAUCCUCCUGAGCCGGAGGAGUCUUGUGCUUCAGCUAGCAAAGAAGAGGAAAGAAGAGACCCUAUGAACAUCACGGCUCCUAUGUCACGUGGGGUGGCCAUAGACAACAAUAAGGCCAAAGGGGUCGCCAACAAAGGCUUGUUUGAGUGCAAAGCAUGCAAGAAAGUGUUCAAUUCCCACCAAGCGUUGGGAGGUCAUAGGGCUAGCCACAAGAAGGUUAAAGGGUGCUUUGCCGCCCGGCUCGAUCACCUCGAAGAUAGUAUGGCCGACGAUGAUGUCAUCACACAUGAAGAAUUCUUCCCCAAUAAACCUAAUUCAACCCUACAAUUCGACCACGGCUCUAACACCCCGUCAGCCUAUACCUCGAAGAGAAAAGCGAAGGUGCACGAAUGUUCGAUAUGCCACCGGGUUUUCUCUUCCGGGCAGGCAUUGGGCGGACACAAGAGGUGCCAUUGGAUCACAUCCAACGCCACGACAGACACGUCUACAUUAGCCAAGUUCCAUGAGUUUCAAGAAAGUUUGGAGCAACAAAUGAUGAACCAAAGGCCUAAGUUUGAUGCUUCUUCGGAUCCACUUGAUCUAAAGCUUGAUCUUAACCUACCAGCUCCGGUAGAUGAGAAUGGUGGAGGAAGAAGAGAACGUCCCAAUCAAUCAAGCUUGGAAGUCUCGACAGAUUUCUUUUUACAACCAUGGAUUGGGACAAAAGAGGAGGACAAUCCCCAUCUUCACUCCUCCCACCAAAACGACAAUGACAACAUUAACGACAACAAUAACAACAACAACAACACAAAUAAUAAUAACAAUAGUAAUGAUUUUUCAAUGCAGAAUGUGGUUGAUGAAGCAGACAGUACGGUGAAGUUAGCAAAGCUAAGUGAACUAAAGGAUAUCAAUACCAGUGGGGGCUCCUCACCAUGGUUGCAGGUGGGGCUUGGUUCAACAACUGAUGUUGGAGCUGAACCAUAAUUUCAUGUCAAGGAAAUCUUAAGGACAUUGGCAAGAACAGAGAGUGUAGAAGACUCAAAACCAUUUUGAAAUUCGAAGGGGGCAAAGAGGAACAAUGUCCAAAAGUUCAAGGUGGACAAAAGCUGUGCUAACAUGUUUCGCGCACUGCCCUUAAGUUGGCUAAGCGCUGACCUACGAAGACGAGGGCGGUUCUAUUGGUCACGAGGGGCCCACCAUUUUUUGUGGUCACAAUCGGACCUACUCAAUUUAAUCUCUUUAUAAUUUUCCCGACG